GGUAUCGGUUGUGACCGACGACCCGCAUGCCCCGCACUCACCGUAGCUAGAUACCUGGCCCAAGCUCCCAAGCUCCUAAGCUCCUCAAAGAUCCCCGCAAAAAAGUUUCUACAGUCUCUUAUCGAUAGGUAGGCAGCUUAACUUCAUAGGUACCUAGAUACAUAGUAUAGGUAGGCAACUUCUGUAUUGCGACGACUUCAAACAAGAACCAAGUUAAGAAGAAGCCCUCCAACCUCCCAACUUCCCGCAGCAAACUAGGCACUACCAAGUUCUCUCUAAAGAAGCAAAAGAAAUAAGCAGCCACCAUGUCCUCAGAAACACAACCCAUAGACCCCGCCCGCUUCGCCGAAGCGCUGAAGGAGCUCUCGGCCGAGAGCCUGGCCCUGAAGGUCCUCGAGCUGCGCAACGCGAUAGCGCACCUGGACUACUCGAACGCGGAGCUGAAGCCGUACGCGGAGGGGCGGGCGCCGGCGGGGGAGCCGGACCCGGACUGCGCCGAGGCGAUCGCCGAGAACGUGGCCGUGAUCGCGCGCAUGCAGGACCGCAUCGAGCGCGUGCGCGCCGAGGUCGAGAGUCGCGGGCUCAGCUGGCGUGAGUUCCAGGGGAAGCCUGAUGAUGAGGAGCAAAGGGAAGGAGGAGAAGAAGGAGGAGGAGAGGGCGCUGCGGCGGGUUCGAGCGCUAACUUGACGAAUGGUGUAAAUGGGCAUGGGACUGGUAGUGGAGAGGCCGAGCAUCCGGCGUGGCGGGACGGCACGUUCCAGACGGGGACUAUAAGCCAGCUUAGCGAUGAGGAGCGUGAGCUACUCAGACAGCUGGAGAGCCGGAUACCGCUUGACGAUGAUGAGGAGGAGGAUGAUCCGGAAGGGGGUAUGCAUCUAUGACCUUUGGUGUCUCAUUGAGUUUCGGUAUGGGGUUACGAGAAAGGGCGGCGGGUCAACCUUUUUAAUAGCUUGAGCAGUAGUCAUUAGUGGCGUUAAGGGUUGGGCUGUGAUAUCGAGAAUUAUUUUCUUAAGGGAACCGGUUGCAUUAUGCGGAAUAGGAGUAAACGAGAUGGUCAUAGAGGAGUGUACAUCCCAAGUAUGCGAAACGAACAUUCAUAGAUUAAAAGAUCUAUGCUUAAG